UCCAUCCAAUUAAUCCGUCUCCAAGGCCUCCUGCACCGCUGCUGCCGCUCCGUCACUCGCCGAGAGAGUAUAUAAAGUGAAGAGACUGCAGACUGCAAGAGGGCGUGCCCGCCAGCAGCCGAUAUCCAUCUUUGCACUCAUUUUCUUCGAUUUUCCUCCGUUUUCCGCUAAUUUUCUCCGGAUUUUCAGUAUUUUCCAGUAGCUGCCACGUGGAAUUUGACGAUUUUAACGAGAAAAUCGCAAAAAAUCGUCGAAAAUGGCGACUUCCGCCAUGUUUAUACUGGAUUUGAAGGGAAAAACGAUAAUUUCUCGAAAUUAUCGCGGAGACAUCGACAUGACGGCAAUCGAUAAAUUCAUUCAUUUACUCAUGGAAAAAGAGGAAGAAGGCUCGGCAGCGCCCGUUUUGACCUAUCAGGACACGAAUUUCGUGUUUAUCAAGCACACAAAUAUUUAUUUGGUCUCAGCAUGCCGUUCAAACGUCAACGUCACAAUGAUUUUGUCAUUUUUGUACAAAUGCGUCGAAGUUUUCUCCGAAUAUUUCAAAGAUGUCGAAGAGGAGUCGGUUCGCGACAAUUUUGUCGUUAUCUAUGAACUUUUGGACGAAAUGAUGGAUUUCGGGUUCCCACAGACGACUGAGAGUCGAAUUCUACAAGAAUACAUCACACAAGAAGGUCAAAAACUAAUUUCGGCACCCCGUCCCCCGAUGGCAGUGACAAAUGCCGUCUCAUGGCGCUCUGAAGGCAUAAAAUACCGAAAAAACGAGGUUUUCCUGGACGUAAUCGAAAGUGUGAACAUGUUGGCCAGCGCCAACGGUACCGUACUUCAAUCGGAAAUUGUUGGAAGCGUUAAAAUGCGUGUCUAUCUUACCGGAAUGCCUGAACUUCGGCUGGGUCUUAACGAUAAAGUACUUUUUGAGGGCAGUGGACGCGGAAAAAGCAAAUCUGUGGAACUGGAAGACGUGAAAUUUCAUCAAUGUGUACGCCUGUCGCGUUUUGACACGGAUCGAACGAUCUCCUUCAUACCGCCCGACGGAGCAUUUGAGCUUAUGAGCUAUCGAUUAACAACCGUGGUGAAGCCGCUGAUCUGGAUCGAGACAAGCAUCGAACGUCACAGUCACAGCCGUGUCUCGUUUAUAAUCAAAGCGAAAUCACAAUUCAAACGGCGCUCCACUGCUAAUAACGUGGAAAUCAUUAUUCCAGUCCCGUCGGACGCUGAUUCACCGAAAUUCAAGACAAGCAUCGGUUCGGUGAAGUAUACGCCCGAGCAAUCGGCCUUCGUAUGGACUAUUAAGAAUUUUCCCGGCGGAAAAGAGUACCUUUUGACCGCCCAUCUAUCUCUACCGUCUGUGAUGAGUGAAGAGUCUGAAGGACGGCCGCCGAUUAAAGUCAAAUUUGAAAUUCCGUAUUUUACGACCAGCGGCAUUCAGGUCCGUUAUCUGAAAAUCAUCGAGAAAAGUGGAUAUCAAGCAUUGCCGUGGGUCCGCUACAUUACUCAAAAUGGAGAAUACGAGAUGCGGAUGAAAUAAUUCCUGAAAAAAUUACCUAAAUUCAUAUUUUAUUGUAUUUUAUUCCCAAUUUUACUCUUAAUUUUUGGAAUUUUUUAUGAAAAAUUGGUGAAAAACGACCGUGGCCGAGUUUUUGGAAAAUUUGGAGGUCUAGGCCACCAUGCUUCCAGUGGUGGCCUAACUUUUCGAAAAUCCUAGGCCACGGCCCCGUUUUCCAUCAAUUUUUGCCUCUUUUAAUGUCAAACAUCUCCAAUUUUUUCUGUGAAAAUUUAAUGCUCCGCGAGCUGCUCCCCGGCUCAAAACAUGUGUUGUGUGUGCUCUUUCCCCUGAUGACCCCGAACUCUAUUUUUUUUUGUUCGAAAAUUUUUAUUUUAUUUUUCCCACCGAUUUAUUUAUUGAUUUUUAUCGCAUAAUUUAGAUUUUUUCCAGAAAAACGAGUUUUUUCCCUUUCCCACCAGCAUAAUUUUCUCACCACAUGGAUCCUCAUCAAUUUUUCCCGUUUUCCUUUUUUCAGUAAAUCAAUAAAUUUUCUGUCAUAAU